CUGGCUGGGGUCGGUCCGAGCCCCGAGUCCCGAGCAGCGGCCGCGAGGGGACGUGGGCACCGCCGUCUGCCAUGGCCACUGCAAUGGGGCCUCUGUUGCCAGGGGCCUGGAACGUGACCCAGGCAGCCCCCACCGACAGUGGCAGGGACAACGGCAGCCUGGCCGGGAUGUCGGCACCCCCCGUGGCCCCCGGCGUGGUCCUGCUCUACCUGCUGGUGUGCUCCCUGGGGCUGGGCGGCAACACGCUGGUCAUCUACGUGGUGCUGCGCCACGCCAAGAUGAAGACGGUCACCAACAUCUACAUCCUCAACCUGGCCGUGGCUGACGUGCUCUUCAUGCUGGGCCUGCCCUUCCUGGCCACACAGUAUGUGGUGUCCUCCUGGCCCUUUGGGCCCAUCCUGUGCCGCCUGGUCACCACACUGGAUGGCAUCAACCAGUUCACCAGCAUCUUCUGCCUGACAGUCAUGAGUGUGGACCGGUACCUGGCAGUGGUGCACCCAGUCCGCUCUGCCCGGUGGCGGCGCCCUCGGGUGGCCAGGCUGGCCAGCGCCACCGUCUGGGUCCUCUCGCUGCUCAUGUCGCUGCCCCUGGUGAUCUUCGCCGACGUGCAGGAGGGACUGGGCAUCUGCAACGUGUGCUGGCCAGAGCCCGUGGGGCUGUGGAGUGCCCUGUUUAUCAUCUACACCUCGGUGCUUGGCUUCUUCGGGCCGCUGCUGGUCAUCUGCCUGUGCUACCUGCUCAUCGUGGUCAAGGUGAAGGCCUCGGGCGUGCGUGUGGGCGCCCCGCGCCGGCGCUCCGAGCGCAAGGUGACGCGCAUGGUGCUGGUGGUGGUGCUGGUGUUUGCCGGCUGCUGGCUGCCCUUCUUCGUGGUCAACAUCGUCAACCUGGCCGUGGUGCUGCCUGAGGAGCCCGUCUCCACCAGCGCCUACUUCUUCGUGGUCAUCCUGUCCUAUGCCAACAGCUGUGCCAACCCCGUGCUCUAUGGCUUCCUCUCCGACAACUUCCGCCAGAGCUUCCGGAAGGUUCUGUGCCAGCGCCAGGGCUAUGGUAGUGAGGAUGCAGACCCCACGGAGCCACGGGCCGACAAGAGCAGCCGGCUGCAGGGGCCCUCGCUGCCCGCACGUCCCUCCGAGGUCAAUGGGCUCAUGCUGACCAGCCAGGUGUGAGGCUGUGGGUGGACAGGGGCACCCUCUGUGCCACCUUCCCUCAGGGGCUGACUUGGGUGGUCUGCGCUCUGGGGGUCCUGUGCUACCAGCCCCCGGCCACCUGGCUCCCCCCUGCUCCUGGGCAGCAUCAGGCGUGUUCCCGGAAUGGGAGAUGCCAUGUGGGCAACCUGAGGGGGGCAGGGCACUGAGUUCCCCAGGCAGCAGCCUGCGCGUCCCUCUCUGGCCCGGCAUUCCGGGUGAGUAGUGUGGCCAGGGCAGCACCCGAGGGUUGGGAGAGGGUCAGCUUGGGUCUGACCACCGGACAGGCCAUCUCCCUGACUGUGGGCCAGGGUUUGGUGACGGCUCCUAGAGCCAUCCCCACCCGCCACCCCACAGAUGCAGGCCAGGACACAUGCCCUCCCCGAGGCCCAGCCUGAGCGGGAUACCCUGGCCUUGGAGUGCAGGGCAGUCCCCAGCCCUGUCCCCCACCUGCCCCCUAAGCCCCAAGCAGGGCUGCCCCAGGACAACACAGGGACUGUGGCACUGACCCCACAGGGCCCUGGAAGCUCCGUC